UCGUGCCUGCGCACGCGCGGGUGCCGCGCCGGGCGGUGCGGCGCUCGGCUGAUCGCGCCUGCCGCACAAUGAAUGGCCGCUGAGCGCGGCGGGGACCCGGACGGGCACCGGGAGCGGCACCGGGAGCGGCCGGAGCCGAGGCUGAGCCCCCCCCCGCCCUCCGGCUCCCGUUGGCUCCCGCCAUGGCUCAGACACUGCAGAUGGAGAUCCCCAACUUUGGGAACAGCAUCCUGGAAUGCCUGAAUGAGCAGCGGCUGCAGGGGCUGUACUGUGACGUGUCAGUGGUGGUGAAGGGCCAUGCAUUCAAGGCUCACCGCGCUGUGCUGGCCGCCAGCAGCUCCUACUUUCGGGACCUUUUCAAUAGCAGCAAGAGUGCGGUGGUGGAGCUGCCGGCCGCCGUGCAGCCCCAGUCCUUCCAGCAGAUCCUCAGCUUCUGCUACACGGGCCGGCUUAGCAUGAACAUGGGGGACCAGUUCCUCUUGAUGUACACUGCCGGCUUCCUGCAGAUCCAGGAGAUCAUGGAGAAGGGGACUGAGUUCUUCCUCAAGGUCAGCUCGCCCAGCUGUGACUCGCAGGGGCUGCACGGCGAGGAGGCUCCUUCCUCUGAGCCCCAGAGCCCCGUGGCUCAGACCUCGGGCUGGCCCUCGGGCGCCGCUGCGUUGCCACUGGUGUCACGGGUGAAGACGGAGCAGGGGGAGCCCGACGGGGUGCAGUGCACCUUUGUGGUCAAGCGCCUUUGGGACGGUGGCUCAAAGGAUGGCACCGCCGGCGGCAACGGCAGCCGGAAGAUGGCCAAGUUCUCCGCGCCAGAGCUGGGGCGGCAGCCGCAACCCGCAACCCCCACAGCAGGACCAGCACCGGCCCUGGUGGCACCGGCCCCGGUGGCUCCUGGGCCAAGCGCUGCUGAUCAGACCAGCCCCGGGGGCACAUCCAGCGCCUACACGAGCGACAGCCCUGGCUCCUUCCACAACGAGGAGGAUGAGGAGGAGGACGGGGGGGAGGAAGGCUCGGACGAGCAGUACCGCCAGAUCUGCAACAUGUACACCAUGUACAGCAUGAUGAAUGUGGGGCUGGCAGCCGCAGAGAAGGUGGAGGCGCUGCCGGACCAGGGCACAUCUGAGCCACGCACCCGUGUGCGCGUGCGGCAGGACUUGGCCUCGCUGCCGGCCGAGCUCAUCAACCAGAUCGGGAACCGCUGUCACCCCAAACUCUACGACGAGGGGGACCCUGCCGAGAAGCUGGAGCUGGUCACAGGCACCAACGUGUACAUUACACGGGCACAGUUGAUGAACUGCCACGUCAGCGCGGGGACACGGCACAAAGUCCUUCUGCGGCGGCUCCUGGCGUCGUUCUUUGACCGUAACACCUUGGCCAACAGCUGUGGCACCGGCAUCCGCUCGUCCACCAAUGAUCCCCGGCGGAAGCCGCUGGACAGCCGGGUCCUGCAUGCUGUCAAGUUUUACUGCCAGAACUUUGCGCCCAACUUCAAGGAGAGUGAGAUGAACGCCAUUGCCGCUGACAUGUGCACCAACGCGCGGCGCGUGGUGCGCAAGAGCUGGAUCCCCAAGCUCAAGCUCCUGAGCGCCGAAGGUGAUUCCUACACAUCAUUCAUCAACGAGGCCGGGAAGCUGGAGCCUGACAUCAUGGGCCCCGAGCCUGGCUUCGAUGCUGGUGCCCACGAGGGUGAAGCGGGAGCCCCCAGCGAGGGGCUGCAGUGACCCCCUUCCAACCCUCUGGGGACACCCCACUGCAGUGGGGAGCCCCCUCCUGCCAGGUGGGGACCCCAGCAUAAGGUAGGGAUCUCCCUGCCAGGUACAGACCCUGUCACUAGGUAGGGAACCCUCUAACAGGUUGGGACCCCAUAACCAGGUAGGGGACCCCAUCACUAGGUAAGGAACCCCCCCCUCCAGGUAGGAGCCCUGUCCUAGCUAGGGCACCCCCCACCAGGUAGGGCCCCCAUAAGCAGGUCAGGACCCCAUCAAUAGGUAGGGGAGCCCCCUCUGUAGGUGGGGACCCUUGGCCAGGUAGAGGACCCCCUGCCAAGUAAGGACCCCAUCACCAGGUAGAGGACCCUUCCCUCCAGAUAGGGUCCCCCUUGUAGUACUGCCCUGUGGUUAUGUGGGAACCCCCACCCAGUGGGCACCCGCAUUGGGGAUGACCCCUUUCAUGGUGGAGGUAUCCAUGUGGUUGCAGGGCCCCCUCCUCCCAGGGGGUCUGUGUCAUCCCCCCUAGGGGCAGGGACCCCCCAUCCCACCCCAUGGUGCUGCUGAGGGG